UAUUCUCAUGGCUACAAGAAGUGACUUCUUCAAAGUUACUCUACUUCUUCUCCUUUUUGUGUUUAAUUUAUUCCUCCAAUCUUAUUCACUGAAAACUGAGGAAAGGGACUACAAGAAUUGGGUUUCAUGGAACCUUCAAGAUUUCAAGAAGAAACUAGCCGGUAUGGAAGCACAGUCGUCGGCGGCCAAGCUUGGCAGGUUCGGUGGCAUCGGUGGCAGCGGUGCAGUUGUUCUUGACGAUAAGUUAAGGAAGGCUGAAAUGAAUAAAGUGAGAAUAAUUGUUAGCCAAGACGCGACGGGCGACUUCAUGAGCAUUGGAGAAGCUCUUCAUAGCAUCCCCAAACCCAACAAUAAGAGAGUCAUUUUGGUUAUCAAUCCAGGAGUUUAUAGUGAGAAGAUCAACAUUCCUAGAACUCUUCCCUUCAUAACGUUUCUCGGAAACGCCAGCAACCCACCUACCAUUAUCGGAAACGACACGGCGUCGGUGACCGGAGACGACGGGAUACCAUUGGGAACUUUGAAGAGUGCAACGGUUUCUGUGGAUGCCAAUUACUUUGUAGCUAUCAAUAUAAAGUUUGAGAACACAGCAACACACGAGAUCGGAUCGGUUAAAGGACAAGGAGUGGCACUAAGAAUAUCAGGGACAAAAGCUGCAUUUCACAACUGCAGCUUCUAUGGGGAUCAAGACACACUCUAUGACCACAAGGGUCUUCAUUACUUCAACAGUUGCUACAUCCAAGGCUCAGUGGACUUCAUAUUUGGCUAUGGAAGGUCCUUCUAUGAGAAGUGCUUGUUGAACUCCAUAGCCAAGAAAGUGGCCUCUGUGACUGCUCAAAAGAGAUCAAAAUCUUCAAUGGCAAGUGGGUUUUCAUUUAAAGACAGUGUUGUGACAGGAAGUGGACAGAUCUACUUAGGCAGAGCUUGGGGAGACUAUUCUAGAGUUGUCUUCUCCUAUACUUAUAUGGAUAAGAUUGUUCUUCCUCAGGGUUGGAAUGAUUGGAGCUCCCCAAAACGCCAUUCGACAGUGUAUUAUGGAGAGUACAAGUGUAGCGGGCCGGGUGCGAACUCGACAGGGAGAGUGCCAUGGGCACACAAGUUGACAGAUGAAGAAGCUCAACCAUUCAUUGGGACUCACUAUGUUGAGGCUGAUACUUGGCUUCUUAGCCCUUACCCUUAAAUUUUCAACUUCUUGCUUUUGUGUCCUAAAAUUUCUACUCUUUCCAUUUUGCACAAUUCAUGCAACCCAAUCAUAAUUUGUGGAUACAUUGUGUUGUAUCCAAAUAUGAAAAAUAUGGACGGUUUUCCACUAAAAUAUUAAUAAACUCUCAAGCUUAUUUUACUUUUCUA